AUGGCAGAUAAAGGUGGUGUAAGUGUUCAGCAGUACCAGAUACCACCGCCAAAAACGCAAGGUGCUGCAACAGGAGGCCAGCAACUUUCCGCUACAGCUGUACAGUUUGUCGACAAAAUCGAUCCAUUUUCUAAAAGAGGAACGAGUCGGCGUCGAAGAAGACUGGUAAAUAGUAGUAGAUAUCACACCGAUAGUGAACCUGAAUUGGCUCAACUACAACUAAUUAAAGAUGCAGCAGUAGCAGAUCAACCAACACUUGUUAUUCAAAAAUUGCAGCAAUGUCAAAAGGUAUUCGACUUCUAUGAUCCGUUGUCUCAGCUUAAAAGUAAAGAGAUUAAGCGAGCAGCCUUAAAUGAAUUAAUAGAUCAUAUCACAACGGUAAAAGGUGCUAUAACAGAAUCAAUAUAUCCUGAAAUAAUUAAGAUGGCUUCAAAAAACAUAUUCCGUGUUUUACCACCGUCAGAUAAUUCAGAGUUCGAUCCUGAAGAAGACGAACCUACACUGGAAUUGGUAUAUGAACUGUUUCUACGAUUUCUGGAAUCACCUGAUUUUCAAGCCGCAAUUGGCAAAAAGUAUAUUGAUCAGCGAUUCGUGCUGAGUCUGUUAGACUUGUUUGAUUCGGAAGAUCCGCGUGAACGGGAUUUUUUGAAGACCGUUUUACAUCGUAUUUAUGGAAAAUUUCUUGGCUUACGCGCUUUCAUAAGGAAGCAAAUAAACAACAUGUUCUUGUCUUUUGUGUUUGAAACCGAUUCAUUCAAUGGUGUUGGUGAAUUAUUAGAGAUCUUAGGAAGCAUUAUAAAUGGUUUUGCUUUACCUUUAAAACAAGAACAUAAGGUGUUUCUUGUGAAAGUGUUGUUACCUCUUCAUAAACCACGUUGCUUGAGCUUGUACCAUGCGCAGCUUGCUUAUUGUGUUGUUCAGUUUAUUGAAAAGGAUUCCACUCUUACCCCACAGGUAUUCGAAGCUCUACUGAAAUUCUGGCCAAGGACAUGCAGUGCAAAAGAAGUGAUGUUCUUGGGUGAAGUUGAAGAGAUUCUCGAUAUUAUUGAACCAGAGCAGUUCAAAAAAAUUAUCGACCCAUUAUUCAAACAACUUGCAAAAUGUGUUUCUAGUCCUCACUUUCAAGUAGCAGAGAGAGCGCUUUAUUUCUGGAAUAAUGAGUAUAUCCUGUCACUUAUCGAAGAAAACAUUGAUCAGGUCAUGCCAAUAAUGUUCCCUGCGCUAUAUCGGAUAAGCAAAGAACACUGGAACCAGACCAUUGUGGCUCUUGUCUAUAAUGUUCUUAAAACUUUUAUGGAAAUGAAUGGAAAGCUUUUCGAUGAACUGACGGCAAAUUAUAAGCAUGAAAGACAGAGGCAAGAUUUUUUUGUCGUUCUGGAAUCAUUGGUAAAAUAUAUUUUUUAUUGCCCCUUGGUUAAUAUUUACAUUACAUUGGAAAAGAAAAGAGAGAAGGAACGUGAAGAUUUGUGGAAGCGUUUGGCAGCGGUUGAACUCAAUCCUCCUCAAGAUAAAGAUCCACACAUAUUAAGCAAAACACCUUUGACAAGCUUCACCGUAAAACGGAAUUCUUCAGUUGGAUAUGGUUUGUUAGCUCCAGUAAAUCCUACUGCAGACAAAUCACCAAAUUCUAGUAAAAGGUCGAGUAGUGCAUCGAACAACGCUGCAGUCAAGAAGUCAUGA